UCCGGUGCUAGAGGGUUGAGGGCUUGCUCGGCGGCGGAAGCGGUGUUCCGGGUCGGCUGAAGGGAACGAGCCGGAGGAGGCGCCCAGCCCUGCGGGCCGCAUGGCUGGGGCUCCGGGCGGUGGCGGGCCAGGCCCAGCGGCGGGGGAGCCGCUGCUGCAGCGACGCGACUCUGGCCUGGGCUCUCCCGAGCCGCCGGCCCACGGGAAGCCCCAGCAGGGCUUCCUCUCCAGCUUCUUCACCCGGGACCAGAGCUGCCCGCUCAUGCUCCAGAAGACGCUAGAGACGAACCCGUACGUCAAAGUUCUCCUUGAUGCAAUGAAACACUCAGGUUGCGCUGUUAACAAAGGGAGACACUUCUCCUGCGAAGACUGUGACGGAAAUGUCAGCGGAGGGUUCGAUGCCGCAGCGUCUCAGAUUGUUUUGUGCCAGAAUAAUAUCCGAAAUCAGGCUCACAUGAGCAGAGUCGUUACCCACGAGCUCAUUCACGCCUUCGAUCAUUGUCGGGCUCACGUCCACUGGUUUAGCGAUGUCAGACAUUUGGCGUGCUCGGAGAUUCGAGCGGCAAGCCUUAGUGGAGAUUGCUCACUCUUGAAUGAAAUCUUCAGGUUGCGUUUUGGAUUAAGACGACACCACCAGACUUGUGUGCGGGACAGAGCUGCUCUUUCAAUCUUGGCUGUGCGUAACAUCAGCAGAGAAGAGGCCCAGAAGGCUGUGGAUGACGUUUUUGAGUCUUGUUUCAAUGACCGUGAGCCUUUUGGCAGGAUCCCCCAUACUAAGACAUAUGCCAGAUACGCUCACAGGGACUUUCAGAACCGUGAUCGCUAUUACUCGAACAUAUGAUGGUGGCCGUCUGUGUCUCUGAGCCUCAGGACCCUGAGGGAGAUGCCCUUAGACACAGAGUCUGCAAUCGUAUGGAAAAAAGUGCAGAAGGAGCUGGCUUUAGCACUGACUAUAAAAAAUAAAUAUGGCAAAAGAGGAACUCCUUAAACUGCAAGGCAAAAUUGGAUCUUUAUAGUUAACCAUUUAGUAAAUAAGGUAAAUAAAUGACGUUUUUGUAUUUUC